UUUGACUUCAAAUUGUCGCGCGAGACAACAACCGUCAACUAACAAGCGAUGAGUCUACAGAUGGAUGUAAGAUGCAGAUAAAAGUAGAUAAAAUGGUAUAAACUAAAAAGAUGACACAGUCCAUAGUAGUCCAAGUUGGUCAGUGUGGGAAUCAGGUGGGCUGCCGCUUCUGGGACCUCGCACUCAGAGAACAUGCACACGUCAAUCAAAUGGGAGUUUAUGAUGAGGCGCUGAGCAGCUUCUUUAGAAAUGUUGACCAAAGAGGAGCAGACUCUACAGGAGGCAAGAUCAACGCUCUAAAGGCCAGGGCCGUGUUAGUGGACAUGGAGGAGGGAGUCCUAGGAGAGAUUCUGCAGGGGCCGUUGCAUUCUCUCUUCAGCAGCACACAACUCAUAAGUGAUGUCUCUGGUUCUGGGAACAACUGGGCGGUCGGGCAUCACACAUAUGGCUUGGCCUACAGAGAGCAGAUUGUGGAUCAGGUCCGCAAGGCUGCAGAACACUGUGAUUGCCUUCAGUGCUUCUUCCUCAUUCACUCUAUGGGAGGAGGUACUGGUUCGGGGUUAGGCACGUUUGUGUUGAAGCUUCUAGAAGACGAGUUCCCAGAGGUAUGUCGGAUAGUGACCUCUGUCUACCCGACAGCAGAAGAUGAUGUCAUCACCUCUCCUUACAACAGCAUCCUAGCCAUGAAAGAACUCACAGAACACGCAGACUGUGUCUUGCCAGUUGAUAACAAGUCUCUGGUUGAUAUUGUUGGUAAGAUACAACACAUGUCCAACACUGACAAACCAGGCUGUACCAUCAAGAAGGACUGUACCAUCAUCUCGGGACAAGGAGGGGUGGUGAAGGUCGAGAAACCUUUUGAUGCCAUGAACAACAUUGUGGCCAAUCUACUUCUUAAUAUUACCAGGCUGGAUCAGAUGUUCUCAGAUGCAUUUAGUAAGGAGCAUCAGCUAAUCAGAGCCGACCCCAAACACAACCUGUAUCUGGCCUGUGCUCUUAUGCUGCGUGGAAACGUUCAGUUGUCAGAUCUGCGCCGGAAUAUUGAGCGGCUGAAGCCCACCCUUCCAUUUGUCCCAUGGAAUCAGGAAGGAUGGAAGACCAGUCUGUGUUCAGUCCCUCCUGUGUGUCACUCACAUUCUCUUUUGGCUUUAGCCAACAACACUUGCGUGAAAUCUACCUUCUUUGAACUAAGGGAGCGUUUUGUGAAGCUCUACCGUAGGAAGGCUCACUUGCAUCACUAUCUAGCAGUUGACGGCAUGGAGUUGGCUGGAUUCAGUGAGGCCUUGUCAUCUAUCUCAGCUCUAAUUGACGAAUACACACACCUGGAAAGACCUCUCAUGCCCAACGUUCCCAGACUCACCAUCGCCACCUGACUCGUGUGUAUAAUAGACAACGUGAUCAAAAUUUCUACUUGUACAUAAACUAAAUAUUUCAUAUUUUUGGGCUAAUGUUUUAUUGAUGUAAAAUAUCUCUAUUUUAGAGGCAUAGAAACAUUGGCUCAAAUAUUGUUGUGAAUUUAGUGUGGAUUUGUUAGUACUACCUACAGCAUAACAGACAAUAUUGAGUCAAACAGAGUUGAGCUCUAUCCCUAAGCAAACCUGCCUGCCAGCAAUUUUCAAGUAAGCCCAAAGACUAUUUUUUAUUCAUUUAUUUUUGUUUUUCAAGUUGUGUUUGAUUAGGGCCAGAACUUAACUCUGCAAGACAGUGGUCCUGAAUUGCCCAUCCGUGUACAGUACUAGAGUCACAUAAAUUACACACUUCACCUGUAAAAUGUUGUUACUUUUUCUUUCAUAUAAAAAAGUUAAUAAAAUAGUCAUAAUAUCAAACAGUGCCUGGAUAAUGUAGUUUUAAUAGAAGAAGAAUCACAGAGUCAUUUGUCUUUACACAUCAGUAAAACACAAGAAAUGCCACUUUAUCUUAAACUAGAUUAACAUACACACUCAAUUCUAUAGUCUUGGCAUUGGCACAGUCAGCACAAAGCCUAAACUUGUAUCCUCAUUUAAUAUGGCUCUGCAUUGACCUGUUGACAGAUGGUUUGUUUGCAGGUUAGCGCUAGUUGUAUUUUUGCUUCAAUUUAUGCCUUUAUAAUCAGUUGGUGCAGGGCAUCCAUAGAUCCCAAAAGUAUUAUUGACCAGGUCUUGCCUAAGACUCAAUGAUCAACACCUCUCAAAAGCAAUAUUUUUGGGUUGCCUGCAAAUUGUCAUCGUAAUCAUAAUCAGCAUGCACACUAUUUUUGUUGCAACUGACUUGAUGGAAGUUCAGUACUCGAGUA